UAGUCGUUCGAUCGAAUGUUUUUCUAAUAUCAUAAUUAGAAAAUGAUUAAUUCAGUGAGUAAAUAAAACAUAAAAUGAUGGACGAAAACGAAUUCUUUAGGGAGACAGUCCAACAUUUGGCAAGAUGUCUUUCCUGUAUAAAUCCUACACCAUGGGAGAAGGUGAAUACACUAUUCAUGCUGUGCCCACAAGCAAGUUCAUCAUUUGUUGUGACACCACGCAAUCAAGAAGCCAACAUAGCUCUAGGCAUUUAUUUCCUACAAAGUGGCCUUCAGCACCAAGACAAGCUACUACCAUAUUUCCUAAAAGUACUCAAGUGUCUUACAAAUGCACAAUUUGAAGAGCCAAUGUGUCGAAUCAAGAAUGGUGAUCGUAUACCGAUGUCAGAAAAAUUUAGCUUCUGUUUAAAUACAUUGCUGUCGGAUGUUGCGACGAAGCAGCCGGGAUUGCGUGAAGAAAUCGUCACAGCCCAAAUCGAGCUUAUGUCAAACCUCACAAAGACCAUAAUCCACUGUCACGAAAGCAGAGAUUAUAACAAUAUAUCGAAACUCCAACUCUGUAAGAGUACUCUACCAAUUUUAAUAGGACUGGCCAGGUCUAUGGGACGCUAUGCAACAAUUGAACCUCCUCUAUUGUGUCGAUUAUUCCCGCAGCCGAGCAGUCCUGUAAAAUCAAAGGAUCCGGAGCCGAGCUUCGAAUAUUCCACCCUGGAUAAGAAAAGAAAGUUUAAUCAGUUCCGCCCAAUCAUUCCAAGGUCUCUGUCAGGCAACCUAAAUCCUAACAUAGAGAAUGUAGUAGAAAAUGGUAGUGACACAGUAGACAGUGCGAACGGAACACUAAAACGAGGAUCCUUACACAGUUACAGCUCCGUCCCAUACGACCCGACGACAUAUUUUUUCCACAAAUUCGGGUCGAGUUUCAACCAGUUUCCGUACAUGAGGUAUUCUGAGUCGCCAGAGAAGAGAACUAGUGUACAGUUCUACGUGACGUAUCUCCAGUCGAUAUUGUCUCUGGCGAAGAAGCUACUGACCAAAGAUUUGUUGUCGUUUUUGGACGAAGAGGCUGAGGAUGUGUUUGCUUCCGGUCAAAUACAGGUUUUCCCAUACAAAUCAUUUUCUGAGACGCUGAAUUUGGUACUGGUAACACUGUUACGAGAUAUCCUGCAACACCAGAAAGAUUUACCUGGCCCUUUUACUAAAGAUGUCCAAGGGGCUUGUAUGGUACAGGUAAAAAGAGAUCGGUGCCAAGAAUUCGUUAAAUGCCUGUUCUUGAGUGGUCAAACUGAACUCCAAAGUCGGCACCACGAUGCGUCCGAGAAAGAGGACAGAGAGAGUAACUUCGCGACUGUGAAUAAGUUCAAAGUGAACGUUAUGGCGAAUUCCGCGUGCGUCGACUUGCUCGUUUGGGCGAUCGGCGAUGAAACAGGGGCCGAUUCUUUGUGUGGACGAUUGACGGAGAAAAUAAAUUCUAAUCAUAAUCACAAACUAAUUCUAGCUCAUAUGCCACUGUUAAUGGUCUGCCUUGAAGGACUAGGUAAAUUAGCGACGAAGUUUCCAACGAUAGCCAACACAUCGAUAUACUGUUUGCGAGAUUUCUUGGUUACACCUUCGCCAAUAUUGUUUAAAUUACACAAACUGGAACUCGAAAAAACGGGGAAGGAACACAUCAAAAACUCAGUGCAAAACAAAGAACUUCAAACGGAGACAGGGGCGCCUGUAAAGUCGACUCCAUUCGAGAAACUUCGAGACUCUGCGAUUGGGAACCUUUGCGUCGCUCUCGAAGCUGCGUUGACAGUUGACCCGUUCUGUGUGCCCGCUCUGGUCGGCUCCGUCAGUAACAGGCUGUUCACUGCUGAGACUAGUGACAGCGAGUCUUCGCUAAUCAGUACGAAUAUCGUUAUAAUGUUGGGUCACGUGGCUGUGGCUCUGAAGGAUACACCGAAGACAACAGAUACCAUACUGCAAUUUUUUCAACAGAGAUUAUGUCGUUCUCCAUCUUCGCUGGACACGCUGAUAGUGGAUCAGCUGGGCUGCAUGGCGCUCGCCAGCCCAGAGGGUCCAGCUCAUGACGAGAUCAUGAGGAUGUUCACCGUCAUCACCGUGGAAGCAGCCAGUGCCGCCUACCAGCACACUGAUGACAGGAAGCAGUAUCGCCACGUGUCCGGCGCCGUGCUCAACGCGCUGGCGAACGUCGCGGCCAACGUGCGCGGCACGGGCGCGCGGCUGGAGCUGCUGACGCGGCUGCUGGAGCUGUUCGUGCAGCUCGGGCUCGGCGGGGAGCGCGCCACCGACAGGGCGCCCGCGCCCGUGCUCAAGGCGUCCGGCAGCGCCGGGAACCUGGGCGUGCUCAUACCCGUUAUUGCGGUUCUCGUAAAAAGAUUACCUCCGAUAAAAAAUCCAAAGCCGAGAUUGCACAAGCUCUUCAAGGACUUCUGGCUUUACUGCGUCGUGAUGGGAUUCACAGCUGCCGAAUCAGCCAUGCGAAAGCGACUGUGGCCCCAAGAAUGGUACGCAGGUGUGAAAGAGAUAGCUGUAAAGUCUCCCUUCCUUGUCUCGCAAACGUCCCUGCGCUCUGAAAUGCGAGAAUUGCAGUACACAUCAGCCGUGCGAAACGACUCCGUGUCGAUAAACGAAUUGCAGGAACUCAAGACACAGAUCCUGAACCUGCUGGACCAUCCGCCCGACGUCACUGUUAUUGUUAAUAAGCUGACGUUCGCGCCUUGCAUGUAUCUCCUGAGUGUUUAUUGGCUGGAGACUUUGAGGGUAUUAAACUCACCAGAGCCAAGUUUGCAGCCGAUCAUCGAAUAUUUGAGCGAUACAGCUCUGCAGAAGGAUAAAAGUGGUAUGUGGCAGUGUGUUGCCAGCGUUGGCGACAAAGUGUUCCAGAAGUUUCUGGAUGUUAUGUCGGAGAAGAUAAAGGAUGAGUCCCGCGAGAGGGAACUCGAGGGCCACGCCCAGUUCCUAUUGGUCAAUUUCAACCACAUACACAAACAAAUAAGACGGGUAGCAGAUAAAUGGCUAGCAGGCCUGGUUGAUAAAUUCCCUCAUCUUUUGUGGAACUGUCGGGUACUUUGGUCGAUGUUGGACAUUCUUCAAGUUCUAAGCUUUAGUCUGGAAUUGGACGCGAAUCAAGAAACGCCAUUACUGAAAGUUCCCGGGACUGACUUCACUCUACAACUACAAGAUACAUUGGAAGGUCGUGAGGGCAUAGUUAAGGAUUUCGCUGAUCGCUGUCAUGGCAUCGUCCAAGAGGCUAUGAAAUGGGCCCCGCAGUCCACCAGGUCUCAUUUGCAGGAAUAUCUUAAUCAGGUACCAAAUUCAACACUAUGGCACCAUUGUGGACUGGCUCUCGCAACGGGGGCUUUGCUGGGAGCGGCCGGCCUCAACCGCAUGUCCGCCCCACUGCCGCGCUCUGCCUUGGAGAAGAGGCCCCCCUGUGUGACGCAGGACUCCGCCGCACUGCUGGCCGUUGUCUCGCAAAGGAGCAGAUAUUCCGGAGAGGUGGCGGGCGCGGUGUACGCGGAGGGCGGCGGCGAGGGCGGCGUGUGGCGCGUGGGCGCGCGGCUGCUGGCGGCGCUGCGGGACGCGUGCGCCGGCGGCAGCGAGACCGCGCACCGCGCCGCGCUGUGGCGCUGCACGGCGCUGCUGGUGCACGCGCGCGCCGCGCCCGCCGCGCCCGCCGCGCCCGCCGCGCGCGCGCUGCUGCACAGCAUCGCAUGGUCCCAAGUGGAUAUAUUCACGGAGGACGCGGUGACCACGGCGGUGGAGUGCUGGCAGUGGCUCAACACCUCCCGACCGGACCUGGAGCUGCGGCUCCUGCAGGAGAUCUUCGCCGCCUGGCAGUGCACUGUCGAUCGGAAGAUGGGGUUGUUCUCUAAGCAGACCGACGAAACUAGUCCCUUAGCGGCACAUGAAGGUGCAAAAUUAGAACCUCGUCCACCAUUCGUGGCUCCGCACGCGGUGUGGAUCCGAUAUCUGUGCGAGGUCGCUGAAACUGCAAAGUAUAACAGUCUGGAGAAAGUCGAGAUGUUAGCUAGUCUUCUGCACAGGUCAUUGCCAAUAACAGUAGGUGAUAUACGCGACCACAUAAACAGACACGUCGACGCGGCCGGAGUGAGAUUCAAGCUGCUGUCGUGCGGCAUCUCGCUGCUGCAGGGCGACAUCCUGCCGCGCUCGCUGGCGCGCAACAUCCUGCGCGAGCGCGUGUACAGCGUGUGCCUGGACUACUUCUGCCGCGGCCUGCAGUGCCCCUCCAGGAGCGCCGGCGCGCUGCGCGAGGACAUCAUGUCGCUCAUCAAGUUCUGGCAGCUGAUGCACUCCGACAAGAAGUACUUGAAGAGUAGCGAUAUCGGCGCUGAUUUCGAGUUAAUGAAUCCCAGCAGUAGGCAAAGUUUGUACGCGUCAAAUUCACCGACAGACCAUCGCUCCUCUGUUAACAGUAGCGACAUUGGAAGCAGGCAGACCACUGGCUGGAUAAACACGGUGCCGAUGUCCACGACGACACUGAGCAGCGGGGCCGGCAGCAUCGCCGGCAAGCGCUCCAACCGCAGCGUGAAGCCGCCCGCUAAAUCUCUGGAUCCAUUCGUUAAAGAUUAUGUUAAGAAGAGAAAUCUUAUUCUGGAACUCAUGGCAGUAGAGAUAGAGUUCCUGGUGACGUGGCACAACCCGCACGGGCGGCCCGAGCAGGCGGUGCCGGGGGAGGACAACAUCGCCACCUGGAGGUCCAAGCCGAACUCCGAGAGGAUCUGGCGGGACUACACCAAGCUGGCCUGGGACAUCAGUCCAACGUUGGCGGUGUUUUUACCGGAGAGGUUAAAGAACGAGGGCAUAGUGGCCGAGAUCAAGCGCAAGGUGCAGCUGCAUCCGACGGCGGUGUGCCACGUGCCGCAGGCGCUCAAGUACCUCGUCACCACGGAGACGCUGCUCAACGACGCGCACGAGCUGGUGCACAUGGUGACGUGGGCGCGCGUGUCGCCGGUGGAGGCGCUGUCGUACUUCAGCCGGCAGUACCCGCCGCACCCGCUGUCGGCGCAGGCGGCCGUGGCCACGCUCACGUCCUACCCCUCCUCCGCCGUGCUGCUCUACAUCCCGCAGCUCGUGCAGGCGCUGCGCCACGACACCAUGGGCUACGUAGCCGAAUUAAUAAAAUCCCUCGCGAAGAAGUCUCAGGUGGUCGCGCACCAGCUGAUCUGGAACAUGUACACCAAUAUGUAUACGGACGAAGAGAUGCACAAUAAAGAUACGGCCUUAUUCGACAUACUAGAGAAUUUAACGAAGUGCAUCGUCGACACGCUCUCCGGUCCGGCGAAGGCGUUCUACGAGAGAGAGUUCGACUUCUUCAGUCAGAUCACGAACAUCAGCGGCAUCAUAAGACCUUUCCCUAAAGGAGCCGAAAGGAAGAGGGCUUGCUUGGAAGCGCUGAAGAAUGUUAAGGUGCAACCAGGCUGCUAUCUGCCAUCCAAUCCCGACUCUAUGGUCAUCGAUAUAGAUUAUAAAAGCGGGACGCCGAUGCAAAGCGCCGCCAAAGCGCCGUACUUGGCGCGCUUCCGGGUGCGGAAGUACGGCAUCUCCGACAUGGAGACCGUCGCCAUGGCCAUCGCGUCCGGGGAGGACCUGCCCGCCGAGGAAGGCAAGGAUCGCUACACGUCGAUCGCGGCGGAGACGUGGCAGGCCGCCAUAUUCAAGGUGGGCGACGACGUGCGGCAGGACAUGCUGGCGCUGCAGGUCAUCACGCUCUUCAAGAACAUAUUCCAGCAAGUCGGCCUCGAUCUUUACCUGUUCCCGUAUAAAGUGGUCGCUACUGCGCCAGGGUGCGGCGUUAUAGAAUGCGUGCCCAACGCUAAGUCCCGAGAUCAGCUGGGAAGGCAGACGGACAUUGGCAUGUACGAGUAUUUCAUUAAAAAGUAUGGGGAUGAAACUACAAGAGAAUUUCAGGCGGCAAGGAGAUGUUUCGUAACAUCGAUGGCUGCGUACAGCGUUAUUGGAUUCCUGUUGCAGAUCAAAGAUCGCCACAACGGCAACAUUAUGCUGGACACAGACGGACAUAUCAUUCAUAUAGAUUUCGGCUUCAUGUUCGAAUCGUCACCGGGUGGUAAUCUCGGAUUCGAACCGGAUAUCAAGUUGACGGACGAAAUGGUGAUGGUGAUGGGUGGUAAGAUGGAGGCACCGCCGUUCAAGUGGUUCUGUGAGCUCUGCGUACAAGCGUUCUUGGCUGUCAGGCCCUACCAGGAAGCAAUAAUAUCGAUAGUGUCGCUCAUGCUGGACACGGGGCUGCCGUGCUUCCGCGGGCAGACCAUCCGCCAGCUGCGCUCGCGGUUCGCGCCCAACUCCACCGAGAAGGACGCCGCCGCCUUCAUGCUCGCCGUCAUACGGAACUCCUUCCUCAACUUUAGGACUCGCACCUACGAUAUGAUACAGUAUUAUCAGAAUCAAAUACCUUAUUGAAUAUCGUUAAUAUAUCUAAGGUUAACCUAUAUAUGUAUAUAUCACAGAAGGGUCUCUUGUGGUAGAAUUUUCAUACUCAGAUGUUGAAGGAAGGCAUAUCCUCGCUUCGAUGAGGAUACGGUUAGCAAAAUUGUUACUUAUUUCAAUAAUAAUUAAUUUUAAUACUUUAUUUUUUCUACCAGUCGGAAAGCAUUUUGUUUUAUAUUGUGUUUCAUUUGUUUUUUUUUUUAUUAUUAAUGUUACCAUUUUGAAACGCGUAUUUUUUCAAAUUCAGUUGUAGAUAGAUGUUUCUGUAGGCACAAAGAGAAUCGCUAGCAUUGCAUAUGCCUAUUAUGACUUUUCACUUUUAACGCAACAUUGUCCGUAAAGUCUGCCCGUGUCAUGUGUAAACUCCGAUCUUUAUUAAGGUUUCAUGUUUCAUUUUCGAAUUUAAGACGUAAUAAUAUUGAAUGAAAUGUAAUCCUUCUUAAUGUUAGUUUAAUGCUUUUAUCUGUCUGACUCACACUUUUAAUCAAAUACUAAAAUAUAGAUGCAUUUACACGCUUGAGUGAGCGGUAGCUUCACAGGCGGACGUUUAUCUGUUUUCAAAUUACUUAUACGGACCGCUUUUCCUAUAAACCCAGUAGAGCCUUGGCUGGCAAAACUUGAGCUUUUUUUUUUUAGUACUUGCGCUUUGAUUAAUCCCACUCGUUAACGUUUAAAAACAAUAAUAUGUCUAUAGUAGAUUAUAAAAUGGUUAAUCUGUAUCCUGAAUUAAUAAAUAUUAUUGACCAAAAGUUAAAUAUAGAUACAUAUAUCAAAUAAAUGCAAUGUUAGUCUGUAUACAAAUAUAUGCUAUCGGACAAUUGUAAACGCCAUUAGUUUUAAAUGAAUCUAGCCAAUUUCAGUUAUAUAAUAACAAUUCUAAAAUAUAUACUAACGAAAUGUUGUGCUCCAUGUUUACAUUUUUUAUGCUGACUGUACAAUAUUAUCAAAAUAUUAUCUGUUUUAUGCUUCAAUUUCAAUUAAUAAAAUUAUAAUCAAUAGAAAAGUACAUUUAUAAAUAAUAAUCAAAAUAAAUGGUGCAGUAACUUUUGAUCAUCGAAUAAUA